AAGAUGAAAAAGACAUCUCGGAUACAUCAAAAGCUACUUGUCUACGUAUACCGGAACAUUCAUCAUCCGAUUCAGAACGUAUAACAAUAGCUAUAGUGCACCGUACACAUGAUGAGGAAGAUAUCUCAGAUUUAUCAGAAGUAACAGACAUCAAAAUCAAAAGUUUACAUGAUCAUAUAUCGGAACGUUUAACAACACCUACAGUACACCGUACACAAGAAGCUUUCAUCAUCGAGGAAAAAGAACGUAUAUCAACAGUAGAAGAAUACCAAGUAAAAAGGUUAUUUGAUCACCGUAUACCAGAAGACUUUAGGCUAAAAAAACAAGAUGCAAGAAGAAGAAAGCUACCACCAAUACCAACACAUACACCACGAAAUCAGAUAAUCAAAAGUUUAUAUGCAAAAUACUUUUUGCCACAAACAGACGAUUUUAACCACAGAAUAAAAUUAUUAGAUACACGCAAGCAAUAUAAAGAAAAAAUUGUAACAAGAAGAAAGCUACCACAAACACCAAAUGAAGAAGAUACCUCAGAUUCAUCAGAUUCAGCAUUCAUCAAGCUAAGAGAACGUAUAUUAGCAAGGAAAAAACCUAAAAUUAACCGUACACAUAUACCAACACGUACAAUUCAUAUGCCAGAAGACUUUUUGCUACACAAAAAAUAUGCAACAAGAAGAAAGCUACCACAAACACCAGUACCAACAUUUAUACCAAUUCUAACAGAUACACGUUUUGGAGACGAUAUGUCAGAUGAACAAACAGAUACAAGCGAACAUAUAUAUGAAGUUAUACCUGACGAUGUAUUACCUAAACCGAAAAAAAAGGAAAUCGAAUUGAUAUAUGAGGAAAUCGAUUCGAUAUAUUACUAUAAGAGGUUUGGAUAUUGGCCACAAACAGAAGUUGCAAUAAGAAGAAAGCUACCACAAACACCAGUACCAAUAGUUAAGGCCAUUGAUAAAUUUAUACCAAUUCUAACAGAUACACGUUUUGGAGACGAUAUGUCAGAUGAACAAAAAGAUACAAGCGAACAUAUAUAUGAAGUUAUACCUGACGAUGUAUUACCUAAACCGAAAAAAGAGGAAAUCGAAAUGAUAUAUGAGGAAAUCGAUUCGAUAUAUUACUAUAAGAGGUUUGGAUAUUGGCCACAAACAGAAGUUGCAAUAAGAAGAAAGCUACCACAAACACCAGUACCAACAGUUAAGGCCAUUGAUAAAUUUAUACCAAUUCUAACAGAUACACGUUUUGGAGACGAUAUGUCAGAAGAACAAAAAGAUACAAUAUAUGAAGUUAUACCUGACGAUGUAUUACCUACACCAACAGAUGGUGAAAUCGAAAUGAUAUAUGAGGAAAUCGAUUCGAUAUAUUACUAUGUGAGGUUUGGAUAUUGGCGACGAACAGAAGCUGCAAUGAGAAGAAAUCUACCAACAAUACCACAAACAGAAGGUGCGAGAAAAAAGCUACCAAGAAUACCACAACAAAAAGGAGAUACAACAACAAGUAAGACAUUUGAUAUAACUCCACUAGUAACAUCAGAGAUACGCCAACAAUGUGAAAGAAUGAGUACCCGUGACAAUAUAAAAGAAGAAAGUGAAUUUGAUUUCAGACCAUUAAGCAUUCCAUUAAGAAGUGAAGACAUAAUAUCAACAUUAUCAGACUCAAUUCUUUCAAGGCAGCUGACUGAACAGUCACGAAGAGAAAAAGAAAGUAGUGUAGCAUUAUUUGCCGAUUUACUAACAGAGUUCGAAAUAGUCAAACGUAAUUAUCGUAGAAUGCCAAAAGACUACUGGCCUGAUGAUAUAUCUAUUGCCUCUUCUUGUUCAAUUGAAUAUGUACUAUCAUCCGAAGAUGGAGCACAUAGUACUCCUGACAUGUCAUCGCAUGCAAGCGACAUCAAUUUAGUCAGAACUGCGUUAGAAAUUAUUCCUAAACAAAUUGAAAUGAUGAAUUGGCGGAUUAAGGCCGAAAAAAAGAAAGAAGCUGUAAUACUUGAAUAUAAGGCGAUGUCGUUAACUGAACAGAAUACGAUGGAUAGAGAAGACGAUACAAGCGAAAGUUAUGAUGCGUUAUAAUCAUCAUCACGAGAUUCACCGCCAAAAAAGGCACUAAAAAAAUCACCAAAAAUACAACAAAAGAUAUAACAAAUUCAUGAGACGAUUAUUAUAAAGCAUAAAAUGGGUUCGAAAUUAUUUAAAACAAAAGAUGAUUUAAAACUUAAUAAAAAUUAUUUGAUUUCAAUGUGAAA